AACUCGGCUUAAGGGCACAUAAGAUUUUUCUUGUAUGUUUUUGUGGGAGUGUGCUCAGUAUAAUAGUUCGAGGUAUAGUAAAUAAAAUAGGUCGUGAGUGAAUCUUAGAGGAGAAUUGGUCGACAAGAAGAACAUUUUUAUAGAUAAAAUGUUGACUAUAGAUAGAGUAUUUAUCUGUCUGCUUAUAUCCAGUCAUAUUUAUUGUAUAUUAGGAUCCUUUAAUGUGGCUCUUAAUAAACCAACAUGGCAAAGUUCAACGUAUGCUGGUGACGUUUCAUCUAGAGCUGUGGAUGGUAAUAAUAAUCAAUAUUAUUCUGGUGGAAGUUGUGCGAUUACUCAAAACCACAUAAACUACAACUGGUGGUGUGUCGAUCUAAAACAGAGUUUUGAUAUCAGUAGUGUGAAGAUAUUUAACAGAGCAGAUGAUGGUAUUAACUGGAUGAAAGGAUUUGAAGUUAGAUUGAGUUCUACUAGUCACUGUGGUGAAGCAGGUUUUACAUCAGCUUCACCAUGUUAUAAAGACCAUACAUCAACAGCACAAUCUGUAUACACCGUAAAUAGAUGUAAUCAACCAUCAGUACCAUCUUUAUCGGCUAGAUUCGUUUUUGUUUCAAUACAACGCGAAUAUUUGAGUAUUUGUGAACUACAAAUAUUCACAGAAAAUUGUCCUGAUGGUUUUUACGGUACCAAUUGUAACAUUAGAUGUCCAGCGAAUUGUACAAACAACAUCUGUGGGAAAAUGAUAGGAUCAUGUUCUAAUGGCUGUCAGGGAGAUCUUUAUGGUAGCAGGUGUGAAUUUGCAUGUAGCACCAGAUGUAAGAAUGGUAAAUGUAAUGCCAGAACAGGGACAUGUACCGGAUGUAAAGAUGGUUCCUAUGGUGAUGUGUGUGAGUUUGCAUGCAGCACCAAUUGUCAGGAUGAUAAGUGUGAUAGGAAAACAGGGAAAUGUACCGGAUGUAAAGAUGGUUACUAUGGUGACUUAUGUGAAGAAUCAUGUCCUACCUGUAAUGGUUCAUGUCGACAAUUAGAUGGUGUUUGUUUGACUGGUUGUAAAGAUGGAUAUUGGGGAUGUAAUGGUUUGUGUCUACAGACAUGUUCCUACUGUAAUACAGGGGGCUGUAGAAUAGAAGAUGGCGUGUGUCAUAAUGGUUGUCAAGUUGGUGUCAACAAUACGAAAUGCUUUAAUAGUCCAACUUAACCUGAGCAGGUCAUCAUUACCAGAAACAAUAGAUUUAUUGUGAAAAUUAAUCUUUCUGUAUGUCAACGUGAAAAAUUUAACGAAGUAUAAAGUAGAACUUCUGAUCGAUUGUAAUUUAAUUUCCUUAAUUUUAAAAUUCUUUUCUGAACGCUAACACUAUUUAUUCAAAACAUUAUAUUGUUUCUCAAAUAAUAAAAAGAUAAAAUUUCUGAUUUGAUUUAAACACA